AUGGCAGUUCAGUGCAGCAAUCCAUGGCCUUUUCGUUUUGGAUCAAGCAGACAUGAGGUAUACUCGAGGUCAUUAUAUACUGCACCUACCACUUUCUCCACAAAGGAGCACUAUCACAUUUCAUUUGAUUAUUCACUACCAACACCUCAUUGUCGUACUUCCUGUUGGCGAUUUAUGCUUUUAUUCUAUCCUUUUAUAAGAUAUUUGCUUAUUGCUGUAUGCUUUAUUACUAUCGAUGCAUCACUUUAUCCACCCGUUAUCAUUGGAAAUAAAGAUUUUCAAGAAUACAAAGGUCAACCAUAUACUGAGAAAAAAGAUGGCGAAACAUUAGAAUUGAACUGCUCAACAACGGAAGCCGUUAAAUGGAUAUUGCCUGAUAACAUUUUCCAUACCAACUUCGAUCCUAAGGAGCGAACAGGUAGAGUCAUAGAGAGCAGCUUUGAUAUUGGAUUUCGGAGUUUACGAAUAGAGCAGCUGAAAAGCUCGGACACGGGUGAAUAUGUUUGUGUUGCAGAGCAUUCCGGAUUUAGUUCCUCCGUAUAUGUAUAUGUAUCCAGUAACAAAAAUGGAAAGUCAGUUAGAACAGGGUCGUUCUUGAAUUCUGGUCCCUUAAUUAUUUCCAAAGAACUUCGAGGACUUAAUGUGAUCUUGCCAUGCAGAACAGAUAAAUUCAUCGAAAGCGGUGUAGAGUUGUUCAUUAAUCAUAUAAAGCAGACCGGAGAAAUUCAGUUUGAUCCGAGGAUCGGAUUCAUUGUUGAUCGAGGGCUUCUUAACGAUCGUGCGGAGGUGCCGGUUCGUUGUGAAUAUUUGGGCCAUACUUCAGAAAUGAUAAUAGUACCGAUAAAAAAUGAUAAAGAAAUGGAAUACUCGCCAGUUAUUGAGGUGUCGAAUACAUGGCCUUACGUUAGCCAGGAAUUAAAUAUGAACUGUACCUUUCAUACAAGAGAUGGAUUUAGAUAUAUGCUGACCUGGAAAUGCCCUCAGUGUGAAAACGAGACGGAUCGCGUCGUUUCAAAUCGUUAUAUGAAAAUUGGAGAUGGUAUCAAGAAACUGUUGUUUAUUAGAGAUUUGCGUGAGAGCGAUUCUGGCAAUUAUGAGUGCAUAGUGACAAAUAGGGAUGAUGGUCAUGAUGUUCGUCGAAGUACGCAUCGGUUGCAAGUGUCACCCACAAGAGGACAACUGAAAGUGAUAGAUUUCUCGGAAAAUAUUGAUUCUGAAGAGGGUAAAACUGUGAGAUUGUUUCAUAUAGCAAGAGCAUUUCCAAGCGAUGAAUAUAGUUCUGAGUGGCGAAAGUAUUCGAAAACGAUAUCAUCUGGGGAAGAAUUCAUGGAGAUAAUCAAAAAAGAUAUAAGAAGUGAAAUGAAUGCAGAUCUUCAUGAAGAUGAAUUAUCAAUCAUUAAUGCUACUGUUGAUGAUUCUGCGAUUUAUCAGUUAGUGAUAAGAGUGUCGCAGGAUUAUAUUUACCGAAAAAAUUGGACAUUAUCCAUUCGUCCUAUCGAUAUCCAACCACACAUUACUAUACAUGAUCAGUUCGGCCAACUUCUGUUAUCUGAUGUGUUAAUCGAUUCGAAAAUAAUUGUUACGUGCUUAGUGAAAGAUACAAGAUCUCACAAAUUACGUCUGUUAUACGUAACAAGAGGUGGUGAGUGGGAACAACCUGAUGACAGCAAAGAAUUAUCCGGUUUCACUUUCGAAUCUGCUAUAAAAUGGAUAACAUAUGCGAAGGAGCAUAUGCGAAUACGUUGUGAAGAUGAUGAAGCCAACAAGGUGGAUGAAAAGAAUUUGGUCGUCUCCGAAGUGGAGACAAUUAACGCAUCUUUUAUUGCCAAAAAGCCGAUUGAUUUACUCAAUGAAGACAACAGUAUCUAUGAAAAAGAUCAUCUCGAGCUGAUUUGCAUACUGCCACUAAACGAUGAUUUUGAUGUUGUUUGGAUGCGAGAUGAUGUUCAGUUGGCAUAUCCUGAACGGCAUGUCACUAUAUACUCUCAGAAAUUCAUAACGACACUGGAUGACAUUAGUUCGAACGAGUCAGGGGAUUAUGAAUGUAUUGCUAAAUCGAAAAAUACACAUAUUUAUCGCAGUUACACAUUGCACAUCAAAAUAAACGUAGUAGUCGCUCCGCACAUUGUCGGAACUGAAGAAGAAUAUGAGCAUUUGGCGAAAUAUGGCGAAAAGGCAGAACUUGUAUGUCCUAUUGAAGGAGAGCCAGAACCACUUUACAGAUGGCUUAAAAAUGGUAUUGAGUACAAUGGCUACGGCAGUUUGACGAAGAAAAUUGAUUUUCCUCGAGUUUUGGUUGAGGAUAAAGCAACUUACACAUGUGUUGCAAAAAAUCGCGCUGGUUCACAACAGUUAGUCGAUGAGCCUGCGUAUAUUCGGUCAUCAAAAUAUUGGUGGACUCUUGGUUUUGCAACGGUUAGUGUAUUGGUCUUGCUCCUUAUGGCGCUUCUUUUCCUAUUGAAACAACGUUGUAAAAGUAAGCGACAGGAGGAACGACUGCGUGCACUAUAUAAUCAGUUGAUGAGCGAGUCAAAUGGAGAAUAUCAUGAUGGAUCGAUUGGUCUCAAGCAACCACUACAUGAGCGAGUUGAACAGUUACCCUAUGACCGCAGAUAUGAAAUUAACAAAGACAAACUUUUUUUUAAGCAGUCACUUGGCGGAGGACAUUUCGGACAAGUGUAUCUAGGUGAGCUGAGCAAACCUCGAGUCAGUGAUUCGUUAGCUGUGUCAGAUGUACUAAAAGUAGCUAUCAAAGCUCCACGUGAUGGACGUAAUGUACAUCAUCAAAAGGCACUUGCUGAUGAAUUGAAAAUAAUGAUCGCUGUUGGUGUUCAUCCGAAUGUUCUGUGUUUAAUUGGCGCAGUGACAAAACAAAUGUCCAGUGGGCAACUCUAUAUGAUCAUGGAAUAUUGCGAGAAUGACAAUUUGAAAGAUUAUUUGUCAAAAAACAGUGCAGGUUUUCUGAAUGAAGUUGAAAUAAGUAGAGAACCGUUGAGCAGCGAUGGAUACUUGACACCAACACGGAACGCACAACAUAAAGCCCAAAUAUAUUUGGCGGAACUAAAGCUCCAAUGGGCUAUUGAAGUAGAUGAAGAACGAAUGGCUGGUAAAAUGAUUACCACGAGUGAUCUGAUAUCAUUUGGAUACCAAGUCGCCAAUGGAAUGGAAUACUUGUCUAGUAAAACGUGUAUUCAUCGAGAUAUUGCUGCUCGAAAUAUCUUGGUAACAAAGAAACGAGCUAUACGUAUAGCAGAUUUUGGUUUAGCACGUAAGGAUUCUACAGUUUAUCAUAUACGAAGCAGCCAAAGUGUACCGUUACCUCUCAAGUGGAUGGCAUUAGAAUCAAUUUUAUAUCACAAUUUCACUGAACAAUCCGAUGUUUGGUCCUAUGGUGUACUGCUGUGGGAAAUAUUUUCUCUUGGUAAAGUUCCAUAUCCACAAAUUGACAAUAAUGAUCUUCUAAGUUAUUUGCUAGAAGAAAAUCGCAUGGAACAACCCAAACUUGCUCCAGAUGACAUAUAUAACCUGAUGAGACAGUGUUGGCUUUCGGAUCCUAGUAACCGGCCCAUGUUCUCCGAAUGUAAAGUUUUAAUGAAAACGCAUCUUUCACGUGCUUCUCCACCGCUGAGUACAAGGCUUGACAAAAUCUUGGAAGAAGACCAAAUUAUGAUGGAAAAGUACAGCGAAUGGCGUGAUUCAGAGGAGAUUGAACAAGAUCUUAGGAGCCAAGCUACUCGAAAUGGGUUUAUUGCUAUUCCAACGCAAGAACCGCAAACAAAUUCCAAUAUAUAUAUGUAA